AGAGAGAGAGAGAGAGAGAGAGAGAGAGAGAGAGAGAGAGAGAGAGAGAGAGCGCGCUCUGAAUUUCUUUGCCUCGAGUCUCCCGGGGCUGCGAGGAGCCAGCAGCUCCAGGCUCCCGGAGCCAUGCCCUGCACGGACCCUCCUUCUGACCAAGCUCCUGAGGAAUGAAAGGAACCCAGGAACCCCCAGAAGGCAGCAGUGAUGUGGACCAACCCCCUGGAGCCGGCACCCUUCCGAGGGCCCUAGGCGACUCGGGGACCUGGAGAGAGAUCCAGACAGGAAAGCCCAGCCGUCCCCAGCUCCCCGUGGAUGCCGCGGACAAAAGAAGACCCGCUUUGGGGCAAGAGCUAUCCUAGGUCACACCGCCGCAGAGUGAUUUUCCCCCUCUGGCAUUGAACCUCCCCCCCACCCCCAUCCAUCCAGAGUACCAUGAAGAACUAUGAGGAUGUGUGACAGAGGUAUCCAGAUGUUGAUCACCACCGUGGGAGCCUUUGCAGCGUUUAGUUUAAUGACUAUCGCAGUGGGCACGGACUACUGGUUAUAUUCCAGAGGUGUGUGCAGGACUAAAUCUACAAGUGAUAAUGAGACCAGCAGGAAGAACGAAGAAGUAAUGACCCACUCUGGGCUGUGGAGGACCUGCUGCCUAGAAGGGGCUUUCCGAGGCGUGUGCAAGAAAAUCGACCACUUUCCGGAAGAUGCUGAUUAUGAACAGGACACAGCCGAGUAUCUCCUGAGGGCGGUCAGGGCCUCCAGCGUCUUCCCCAUUCUGAGCGUCACGCUGCUGUUCUUCGGCGGGCUCUGCGUGGCAGCCAGCGAGUUCCACCGCAGCCGGCACAAUGUCAUCCUCAGCGCGGGCAUCUUCUUUGUCUCAGCGGGGCUCAGCAACAUCAUAGGCAUCAUCGUUUAUAUAUCCGCCAACGCCGGAGACCCCGGGCAACGGGACUCGAAAAAGGGCUACUCCUACGGCUGGUCCUUCUACUUCGGCGCCUUCUCGUUCAUCAUCGCGGAGAUCGUGGGCGUCGUGGCCGUGCACAUCUACAUCGAGAAGCAUCAGCAGUUACGCGCCAAGUCGCACUCGGAGUUCCUAAAGAAAUCCACCUUUGCCCGCCUUCCACCCUACCGGUAUCGGUUCCGGCGGCGGUCCAGCUCACGCUCCACCGAGCCCAGGUCCCGAGACCUGUCCCCCAUCGGCAAAGGCUUCCACACCAUCCCUUCCACCGACAUCUCUAUGUUCACCCUCUCCCGGGACCCCUCAAAGAUCACCAUGGGGACCCUCCUGAACUCCGACCGGGACCAUGCUUUUCUACAGUUCCACAAUUCCACGCCCAAAGAGUAUAAAGAGUCGCUGCAUAAUAACCCGGCCAACCGGCGCACCACGCCCGUUUGAACUGACCUCUGCCCUCUGCCCUCCGCCCCAGCCCAGCCUCGGGAGGGGCCCAUGGACGGAGGUGUCCUGGAGGUUGCAUGGCAUGGUCCUCGUGAUGGUAUUACUUUUUACAAAGAAUGAAACCAAAUGGACUCCACCCCCCUCCUCCCACCAC